AUGGCUAAAGAUAUUUGUUACACAGUAGACGUGAGACCUGGAGAAGACAAGAACAAGCAAACACAUAAGGAAUCAAUCAUUGUUAUUGGCCUUCCGGCGAAGAUGACUGAUGUCAAGGGUGACCAUAUUGAGUACAGUGAAAAUUUACAUCGAGGACACAGCAAAUUGUUGGAGCAAGAGUUGUCAGCUUCUGAGAAAACUCCCCACUGCCAAAAGAAGAAAAGAAAGGUAGCUGUUUUUAGUAUGAAAUCUUUUGAUACAUUACUUUUAAACAAAUGGAAAACAAAAA